AUGAUGUCCCCGGGCUAUCGCCGCGGGGCGGCCAGCACGUCCUCGAUGCACUCCUACCUCUCCCCACGUCGACCGUGGGUGCGAUUCCUCCGGCCCAUUCUCCCGAGCUUCGUCGCCGACCCUAUGUUCUCCGAGCACCGUCAAACAUGGAGGCUGCACCCGACCUCGUACCUCGACGGUCUGCGCGGCAUCGCGGCCAUAAUUGUCUUCAUCUGCCACUACACCGAGAACAACUUCGCCGCGCUGGUGCCGUCGUACGGCCUCGGCGACCCGGAGACGACGCCUUCCUCGUGGAUCCAGCUGCCCUUUCUGCGCGUCGUGUUCUCGGGCAGGCCCAUGGUCCACAUCUUCUUCGUCAUCUCGGGCUUCGCGCUGUCGUACAAGCCCGUCAAGGCGUUGCACGCGCGCGACCUGGAGAGGUGCUACGCCGCGCUGGCGUCGUCGACGUUUCGCAGGGCGUUUCGGUUGUUUGGACCGUGCAUCGUCUCGACGUUUAUGAUCAUGUGUCUGCGCCAGAUGGGGUAUCUGGUGCCCACGGAGCCGACGCUGUACGGAGCGCUAUGGAGGUGGAAGGAUGCCGUGUUCCAUUCCAUCACCUGGCCGUGGGCCUGGGAUUUUGACUUGAGGCCCAACUUUGACGUGCACUUAUGGACGAUACCCAUCGAGUUUGCGCAUUCGAUGCUGUUGUUCAUGGUGCUGUUGAUGUUGUCGAGGGUGCGGAUGUGGAUACGCAUGGCGUCGGUCUUUGGGCUGAUGGUCUACUGCCUGACGUGCGGGAAAUGGGCCGGGUUUGAGUUUCUGGCUGGGCUGUUUUUGGCCGAGAUCCAUGUACUCCGGGCCGGUGCGAAAUCGAAGGAGGGCGAGGACAACGAGGAAGAGACCGAUUGGCCGCUGAAGACUUUCCAGGUCUGCAUCAUUUUGAUCGGCCUGUUCCUUGCGGGGUGGCCGAACGAAGGCGCCGAGUUUACGCCUGGGAUCCGAUAUUUCCUGGCGCAGACGCCGUUUCCGUUCGCCACGAUGGACCCUCUUGCGCCGCAGAAAUACUGGUUCGCCUUGUCAGCCGCCGCGGCGGUUUGGGUGAUCGGAGACCUCGAUUCUCUCCGGAGCCUUUUUGAAAGCCCGUUCGCGCAGUACCUUGGGCGGAUCAGCUACGCCGUGUAUAUCUGCCACGGACCGGUCGAGGAGCUGUUCAGGGAUCAGUUACUUGGCAACCCCUUGGUUCCAGCCUGGGGAGAACCCGGGGCACCCGAAUAUGUCCCGGAAAAACCAGCAAGAGGAGUCAAAGGUCUUAUCGGCGUCGAGACCAUCACCCAGAUAACGGUUAGCUGGUUUAUAGGGCUUUGGCUCUUGGGCCCGCUCGUCAUCUGGGUGGCAGACCUCUUUUGGCGGGCGGUCGACAGCCGGAUUAAGCCGGAAUGGCAUGCAUACUUCCGUUACAGUCUGGAGUCGAGGAAAUGGAGGCUGAUAGGCCCGAGCAGCCUACGCCCCGAAUUCAGGCCCACCCCUGUGGGAGAUAACGUCUCUUUGCGGACCGUCGACUUCUCUGACAACCCGGCGGUGAUGCAAGUGUCGACCACCCUGAGGCGUCUAUGGCUCGUCGAUCCGAGCGCCCUAGGGAUUGGCACCGCCGAAUUGGAGCGUCAAUCUCAGUCCCUUGAGAAGGUAUUCCGCGAGGUUACCAUCAAGAUUGGAAACUGGAUCGCCCAAACACCAGCAAACGACCGGUGGUUUGAUGAAGUCUGGAAAUCUCACACCGACCUGACUCUUCUUGAUCCUCCCGAGGGCUCACAGACCGAAAUCGACAAUAGCGAGCCCGGCCAGGGUCCUAUCUUUACCACGUUCAGACGACAAGUGUACGGUAUCUAUGAUCACGUUUUCUGGGAUGUCUAUCACUCCCUGAAGGAUGCAACGGAAGAGGAGAUCGGCGAGUUCAAGCCACCCAACACCACCGUCAUGGUUCUUCGGCUGUCAGAUGACGGCUCUCCUAUCCCCCAUAUCUUUUCGACUGAUACUUUUGUGUAUCCGGUGUGGAUUGCUCCCAAGACGACGCUCAUGUUCUCCAUCGAUGGACAAGAGAAGGUUCUGACGCCCGAAGGCCACGCCUGGAGGUUUUCACUGUGGUUCCGGGCGGGCAAAAUGGUAACCAUCACACCUGAGGACGAGGCUGGUGAAAGACGCGGUCGCGUUGUCGCUGUGCUUGCCUUGGGCCAAUGUGAAGCACGGUCUCUGCCCAAGGUUGCCCCCGACGACCACAUCAUCGGGCAUUGUGGCCAAGACGCAUCGGACGCAGAGCCGUGGCAGCCAUCAUUCGACGGAGAUGAGUCGAAUCCGGACGUGCCGGUGGCAUGGCCCGAGGCCGACCAUCUGGCCAGGGCUAUCUUCCUCCAAGCUGGCGACGCCGUUGACAGAUGCGGCUUCAACGAAGAAUAUUCCGCCGAGGAGGACGGGCUGAUAGACCAACUGGCGAACCCGAAGGUGGACGGUCAGCAGGAGUAUUCUUCGUUGUACUCACCACUUCCAAACAACAGCAUCCGGAUAUUGGUUAUCGAACCUGCGUUGGCCGAGGAAGAAAAUCUCCGGACGCGGUUGGUCGUUGCUUCGCUUGACGAUAAACCCAGCUACGAGGCGAUAUCCUACACCUGGGGGGAUCCGUCGGACAAGAUACUCCUACUGUGCAACAGUGCUCGAGUCCCAAUUCCAAAGAACCUUGAGGAUGCCCUGAAACAUCUCCGCCACUCCAAUCAGCCUCGCUAUGUGUGGGCUGACUCAGUAUGUAUCAACCAGGAAGACAUCCCCGAGCGGGGACAGCAGGUGUCCAUCAUGCGGCACAUUUACCGGAACGCAAAACGUGUGCUUGUCUGGCUCGGGCUCGACAAACACAACCAGGCCAGCACGGCUUUCACGGCUGUUUGUGACAUUGUUCGCGCCUGGCGCCCCGACGGCGACAAACUCGGGUUCUCUGGCUACGCCAGCCUUUUGGAACCCAUGGGGGAAGAUGGACUUGCUCGAGUACGCGGUGCUGUCGACCAAAAGGCAUGGGAAGCCCUCCGAGCCUUGUUUGAGACGGGCUAUUUCCAGAGAUUCUGGAUCAUCCAGGAACUGGCGCUGGGAAGUUCGGCCGUCGUCUUCUGGGGCCGCCACCACAUAGCUUGGGGACUGAUUGGAAUCUGCGCAGCCUGGAUGAUGAGCAGCGGAUGGACAUUUCACCACGGCGAGCCCAUCACCGCCGCUUACAACGCCUUCCUCAUCUACGUGCUUCCACUCGCCAAGCGCAGCGGGAUCUCAGCGUUCUCAAAACUUGACUUGUCCGUGGUCCUGGGCACCACCAUGGGCCGCUUCGGCUCGACCGACGCGCGGGACCGAAUCUACGCCCUCCUCGGCAUGCCGUUUGCCGGCAACGACCCCGAUAGCCAGCCGCUGCUCAAACCCGACUACAGUCAAGACGUCCGCUCCGUGUACAUCCAAGCGGCCAAGCGCAUCCUGGAGCAGGACAAGCAUCUGCGUGUGCUCAGCGCAGUGCAGCACGGCGCCGAGAUUGAUCCGUCCUACCCCUCGUGGGUGCCCAAAUGGCACCAGCCGCUCCCCGCCGAACCGCUCGCGCUGCGAGAUGAGCAGGGCUACUACGCCAACGGCGGUGAGCUCUUCUGUCCGUCACCCUCAACCUUCAACGACGAUAACAACCUCGAAUCCCUCACCCUGACCGGCCUCCUCUGCAGCACCGUCACCUCCACCAGCCCACCCCUCCUCGACAACACCCUCAACGCCAACAACAGCAACAACAACAAACUUCUGGACCCGCCCCAUGCCAAAGCUCUCACAGCCCUCCUCGCCUCUCUGAACUCAGAAGCAAACCAGUUCCGCUCUUCGUGGAGCGCCACUCUCGAGCGUUUUACCCUAUUCGGUUUUCGCGACCCCGACAUGCAGGCCGAGAAACUCCUCUCGAAAGGGUCCAUGGCCGUCGCGGUGUGCGCACAGCCGGGGAAAUAUGGCACGCCGAGGGAGGCAGCCGAGGUGCUGGACGGCGAGAGGGCGCGGGGGGAUCACCUGGGCGAGUUUCUUUUGUAUUGGCGGGAGAGGGCUUCGUGGCGGGAGGUCGAGUUGAGGAGGAUGGUGGAGGAAGCGGGGUUGGGGUUGGAGGUGGAUGGGUUUCAGGGAGGAGGAGAGCAGGGGACGGAGGUGUAUGUGAGGGAGCGGGCGCUGUGUAGCGUGAAUGCGAUGGUUGGGCGGCGGGCGUUUGUGCUGGAGGAUGGGUUGGUUGGGCUGGGGCCGGCGGCGGCGAGGGAGGGGGAUGUGGUGGUUGUGUUGUUUGGCGGGGUGGUGCCGUUUGUGCUGAGGCCGGCUGAGCGGGCGGAUGGGAGGCGAGGAUGGCGGUUGGUGGGCGAGUGCUUUGUGCCUGGGCUGAUGCAGGGUGAGGCGGUCGAGCGGGCUGGCUUGCUUGCGGAGGGAACGUUUGAGAGGGGUGGGGAUGGCUCGCUAAGGCUGACUCCAACGCCGCACGGAGUGCCGGAUCCGAGGUUGGAGAGGAAGGUGGGCGAGCAUGGUGUUGUUGCUUUUGAGAUUUGGUAA